CAAGAAAAUCCAACUCAGCUCCAAAUAAAAAAGAGAGAAAUAUAAGAAUUUAUUAGUAUUUGUUGGAGACAGAACACAGUCAGAGAGAGUGGCGCACUGCAUUUCACUUCUUCGGGCAGAAAGAAACUCAAUGAUGUUGGGGUUUUCAGUUCAACGAGUGAGGCACAUGAGGAGACUGAGUCCUCGGAUACUUAUCGGGGUUGGGUGUUCUCAUUUUUCAACUGCUGCUGAACGAUCGUGGAGGCAUGGCGACACGCUGCGGGUUCCGAAUCUAAUUGGCGGAAGCUUCGUGGAUUCACAUUCAUCUGAUUCCAUUGAUGUACUAAAUCCAGCAACACAAGAAGUGGUGUCCCGAGUACCACUGACAACAAAGGAGGAGUUCAAAUCUGCAGUAGCUGCUGCAAAAGAGGCCUUUCCGUCCUGGCGAAAUACACCAAUUACUACAAGGCAGCGUGUCAUGUUUAAGCUCCAAGAUCUUAUUCGUAAAAACACAGAUAAACUUGCCCUGAAUAUUACCACAGAACAAGGGAAGACAUUGAAGGAUGCUCAAGGAGAUGUGUUCCGAGGGCUAGAGGUGGUGGAACAUGCAUGUGGCAUGGCAACCCUACAAAUGGGAGAGUAUGUGGCCAAUGUGUCAAAUGGAAUUGAUACCUACAGCAUUAGAGAACCCCUUGGUGUUUGUGCUGGAAUUUGCCCCUUUAACUUCCCUGCAAUGAUUCCCUUAUGGAUGUUUCCUGUGGCAGUCACAUGUGGAAACACCUAUGUUCUGAAGCCAUCUGAAAAAGAUCCAGGGGCUUCAAUGAUUCUUGCAGAGUUGGCAAUGGAGGCUGGUUUGCCCAAUGGUGUCCUGAAUAUCGUCCAUGGGACCCAUGACAUUGUUAAUGCUAUAUGUGAUGAUGACGAUAUUAGAGCUGUAUCAUUUGUUGGUUCAAAUACAGCUGGCAUGCAUAUCUACGCAAGAGCAUCAGCUAGUGGAAAACGUGUUCAGUCCAAUAUGGGAGCAAAGAACCAUGGAAUCGUGAUGCCCGACGCAAACGUGGAUGCAACUUUAAAUGCUUUAGUAGCAGCUGGUUUUGGUGCCGCUGGACAAAGAUGUAUGGCACUUAGCACAGUGGUGUUUGUUGGGGACUCAAAAUUAUGGGAAGAAAAGCUAGUGGAACGUGCCAAGGCGCUUAAAGUAAGUGCUGGGACAGAUCCUGAGGCAGACUUAGGUCCAGUAAUUAGCAAGCAGGCAAAGGAAAGGGUCUGCAAGUUGGUACAAAGCGGGAUCGAAAGUGGAGCAAGACUAUUGCUUGAUGGAAGAACUAUUAAGGUUCCAGGAUAUGAACAAGGUAACUUCAUUGGUCCGACCAUCCUAGCAGAUGUCACAGCCGACAUGGAAUGUUAUAAGGAGGAGAUCUUUGGGCCUGUCCUCAUUUGCAUGCAGGCUGACAGUUUGGAAGAGGCCAUAAACAUUGUCAACAGAAAUAAAUAUGGGAAUGGUGCGGCUAUUUUUACGUCAUCUGGAAUAGCUGCAAGAAAAUUUCAAACUGAAAUAGAGGCAGGCCAGGUUGGUAUCAACGUUCCCAUACCUGUUCCGUUACCCUUCUUCUCAUUUACUGGCUCCAAGGCUUCUUUUGCUGGGGAUCUCAAUUUCUAUGGAAAGGCUGGAGUUCAGUUUUACACACAGAUCAAGACGGUGACUCAACAAUGGAAAGAUUUACCCAGUGGUGCUGGAGUUUCUCUAGCAAUGCCAACUUCCCAGAAGUCAUGAUGAGAAAAAUACUGCUGAUUGAGCUUCUUUCAGAAGUUGCCCUCAUGAUAUGUAGACUCAAACACAGUGAUGUUCUCUUUGCUGGUGUUGUCUUAAAAAUGAAUAAGAAAGAAGUGCAAGAUGGUUA